UCCACCUCCAUCCCCUCGAGACCUCACCAGUCGGUAUAGAGUAUACUACACACGAAUCACCGGCCAUGGACGCCAACUGGGCCGUGGGCGUUGGCGUUGACCUGAACGCCCCGCCGCCCACCGGAGACGACGACUGGCGCGCCCAGUUCCAGCCCGAGGCGCGCAGCAGGGUCGUCAACAAGAUAAUGGAAUGUCUGAAGAAGCAUCUGCCGGUAUCAGUGCCAGAGGGACUGAACGAACUUCAAAUCAUCGCUGUGCGCUUCGAAGACAAGAUUUAUACUGCAGCGACCAGUCAGUCUGAUUAUUUGCGGAAGAUCUCUCUGAAAAUGCUAUCUAUGGAGACGAAGGCACAACAGGCUCCUGGAAAUGCUCAAGUGAUUCCAAAUCAAAUGAACCUCGGUCAAGCAUCAUGUUUAAGAAUGCCCGACGGAACCCCCUGGCGGCCCACCCAGGGGCCAGACCCCGCUGCAGUCGCUGCUGCCGACGCCGCUGUCACUGCUGCCGCCGGCGUUGACCCGAACGCCCCGGCCCCCACCGGAGGCGAUUGGCGCCCCCAACUUCAGCCUGAGGCGCGCAGCAGGAUCGUCAAUAAGAUAGUGGAAUGCCUGAAGAAGCAUCUGCCAGUAUCAGUGCCAGAGGGACUGAAUGAACUUCAAAAAAUCGCUGUGCGAAGCGAAGAGAAGAUCUAUACUGCAGCGACCAGCCAGUCUGAUUAUUUGCGGAAGAUUUCUCUGAAAAUACUAUCUAUGGAGAAGAACACGUAACAGGCUCCAGAAAAUGCUCAACAAAUCAAAACAACCCCGGUCAAGAUGCAUAAGCUGACGAUUAUCGUGAUACGGAGUUCUCUAGCGGGUAUAAUGACUAGGUGUAUUCUCAAUUGGCUGUUCGUGUGGGGAUGGCGUCUCCCCAUGUUCGAGUGUGAUGUAUGUUUUC